UGCUCAUUGUGCAGCCGAGGAAACAUCGCAAGGUUUCGACGACGUUGGUAUGAAAUGGCAGAAACUGCUUGUGUCACGGAAGCACAAAGAUUAGGUUACGUAGAAGCUACACAUGUAUUUUGCGAUGACCCUGCCUUGCUAGCGUGAGAGGAAACGGGAUUGUAUCCGGAGGAAAAAGGGAUUAAAGAGCGGUUUUUUUUCCUUACAAAAAAAAAAGAAAAGAAAAGAAAAAAAAAACAAGCAGAAAAAAAAACGUCCGGGUUGUGUCUCCAGCAGGCAGCGAACGGCGACUGCGGGUCGACACUGUUGGAAUUAACCGGAGAGGGUCUUGAGAGGAGAGCUCCACUUGGAUGCCCAGUCACAGCGUUUGUCCAAGGCUUCACCAUGAACCGGAACAAGCGUGAAAAGGAGUACUACAGUAUAGAUGUGGGCGAUUCAACUUUUAUGGUUUUAAAGCGCUACCAGAACCUCAGACCCAUCGGAUCCGGAGCACAGGGAAUUGUCUGUUCAGCAUACGACCACAACUUGGAGAGGAACGUCGCCAUCAAGAAGCUGAGCAGGCCCUUCCAGAAUCAGACUCACGCAAAACGGGCCUACAGAGAACUGGUGCUCAUGAAAUGUGUCAACCACAAGAAUAUAAUCGGCCUAUUAAACGUUUUCACACCACAAAAGACACUGGAAGAAUUCCAAGAUGUGUAUCUCGUGAUGGAGCUGAUGGAUGCUAACCUCUGCCAGGUGAUUCAGAUGGAGCUGGACCACGAGAGGCUGUCCUACCUGCUCUACCAGAUGCUGUGCGGAAUCAAACACCUGCACGCCGCCGGCAUCAUACACAGGGACCUGAAGCCCAGCAACAUUGUGGUGAAGUCCGACUGCACACUGAAGAUCCUGGACUUUGGCCUGGCCAGGACAGCUGCCACUGGCCUCCUGAUGACACCCUACGUAGUCACCCGCUACUACCGCGCCCCCGAAGUCAUCUUGGGCAUGGGGUACCAGGCCAAUGUUGAUGUCUGGUCUGUUGGCUGCAUCAUGGCUGAAAUGGUCCGGGGUAGUGUGUUGUUUCCAGGCACUGAUCAUAUCGACCAGUGGAACAAGGUGAUCGAGCAGCUGGGGACACCGUCUCAGGAGUUCCUCAUGAAGCUCAACCAGUCGGUGAGGACCUACGUGGAGAACAGGCCACGGUAUGCUGGCUACAGCUUUGAGAAGCUCUUCCCUGAUGUCCUGUUUCCUGCGGACUCUGAACACAACAAACUGAAAGCGAGCCAAGCCCGAGACCUUCUAUCCAAGAUGCUGGUAAUAGAUGCGUCAAAGCGGAUUUCGGUGGACGAGGCUCUCCAGCACCCUUAUAUCAACGUGUGGUAUGACCCCACUGAAGUGGAGGCGCCACCACCCGUGAUCACAGACAAGCAGCUGGAUGAGAGAGAGCACACAGUGGAGGAGUGGAAAGAGUUGAUAUACAAAGAAGUGUUGGACUGGGAAGAGAGGACAAAGAACGGUGUCAUCAGGGGACAGCCAGCGUCCAUAGCACAGGUGCAGCAGUGAGCAGCCGCCCCCAGCAGCACCAGCAGCACCACACCUCGACGUCCUCCUCCGCCAACGUCUCCUUCAUAUCUACCGACCCGACUCUGACCGACACCGACAGCAGCCUGGAGACGGCCAGCGCUGCCGCCGCCGCCGCUGCCGCCGCCGCUCCAGGCACCGCCCCCCUGGGCUGCUGCAGAUGACUAUCAUCUCCGCCUCCUCCCGGUCCUGGGCUUGGCCUCGCUCCCUGGUCACAUCCAAGACCGAUAGCCCGACACUGGCUCCUGGCCCCACCCCCCUCAUCCCCACCCCCCUCCUCCUCCUCCUCCUCCUCCUCCUCCUCCUCCUCUCUGUGCUUGUCUUCAGUAGUGUAGCGAUUAGCCAGCUAGCUGUUUGAGAAAUAUUUUGAUUUCUGAAAGGACAGAUCUUGUUUUUUUUUCUUUUUUUUUUUUUUUUACGGUUUAGUCUUUUUUUUUUUUUAAAUUAGGAUUUCUUUUUCAUUUUGAGUCCUAGCUGUAAUUUAUUGUGGCAUUUUUCUUAAUUUUUUUCAGAAACCUAAGAUGAUGAUAAGAGAAUUUUUAUGAUUUCACGAUGCUCCGGUUUGUAUUAACCAACAGUGAGAAUUUAAAGAAAUAUCUGUACAAUGUUUUAAUGUGAUCUAUUUUUCUGUUGGAAGUCAUUCGUUUCACUUGUAAGCUACUGCUUUUACAACUUGCCAUAUAAAUGUAGACUGAGUUUGUACAGAUUUUAUGGUAGAUGUAGUUUUAUCUUCGAUACAAGUUUGCAGUGAGCCAUCAAAAACAUAACUGAAUUGACGAGCGUACGGUCUUAGUGCUCCCCUUCUGUUCGAUCUCGCCUCACAUGGAUACUGUUUGAACUGCGUACGGCAUAUCCGCUCAUUUGAACUGAGAUCUUGUAGAUUUACUUGUAAAAAAAAAACAAAAAAACGUUCUUCUCCUGUGAGUCACUACUACUUCCUACAUUGUAAGAUUUUAAUGAAAGCUUUAUAAUUUGCUCGUUCUUCACUUCCCGUUCCGACGUGAUAGGAUUUCAAAGUGAUUUUCGCUCAACCGUGCGAUUCAUUUUUACCUUCUACCAUUUCAGCUUCUGGGAUUGAUGACGGCUCAGUGAGGUCCCGCAGGAUAACGUGGAGAUUUUUGUUUUCUGAUGACUGUCUUCUGUUUUUUUUCCUUUUUUUUCCCCCCCUUUUUUUUUUAAAGUGCUUUAAAGUUACCUCUUCCUGUUUGUCUGCGACAGGCUGUGUGACACGAACCGGAAGUGCUGGUGUUUGCUUUAGGAGGUCUGGGAUGCACAGAGCUCUUUUUUUUUUUUUUUUGAUGUUCUCCACUGGCUUGGUUUUUGACAGUUUAAUCAGGACUUGAGAAUGUUUAAUUUUGUGGCGGUUUGGGGAGGUUUAUCGAGAGUCGUGUGGGGGUUGUGUUAAUCGGUGUCGGUGUUUGGUAGAAUGUGCUUGAGUCAUGUAGGGAAUCGUGGGGUUGAGAACGUGUUGGAUGUUCGGCGGCUUGGGAGGGACAGCAGUUCUGCAGCCUGAUGGGAACGGUGUGAAGAGAUGUCUGCUUCCUACGAACCAGAUCCUGUUAGUAGUAGGUAAUGUGCUGUAGUUUUUCUGAAUUUGGAAACAUUUGAAAGUGUUUUUUUUUUGUUUGUUUUUUUCUAAAAACAUCGCCAAAACUCUCUGUGUACCAGACAUGCCUGCAAUUGUGAAUAAAACUCAAAGGAGCUUAAACUUAGCAGCACAAACAACCAGAGUCAAAAGAAUCAAAUUGUUCUUCAUGGUAUGCAAUAACUGUGCCCUUUUUGAGUCUUUUUUAAUUUAGCUUGGAAAGGAAAAGUGCCUGUUGUUUGUCAUUCAUUCCUGAGUACCCGGGAGGAAGCGUGUUCCGCGUAGGUUUUCGUGGCGUCUGGAUAACAACAGUAGUUUCCAUAUCAAACCGGUAAUCGGUGAUGGGGUUGUAGUUCUCACAAAAUGUAUUUGUAUAUUUUUCUACUUGUUUUUUGAUUUGGACCCUCGGGCGGGAGACUGCGGUGUCUUGCAGGGUAAAGACGGCGAUGACGUAUGCGUUGAGAUGCUUGAGCGUGUUUGAGUCAUUUCAGAAAGAGGAGGCAGUUUAAUCAAAGGUCUUUCAUCAAAGUAAAGAGAAAAAAAAAAGAAGUGUUUCUUUGCAGCGACAGCAACCGAAAUCUAGGUUAAUAACAGGUUUUUUGGCUUUUUCUCCGAGUACUAAUUUAAUGUGAUGACUGUCGGAGAGAGAGGAGAUUUGACAAAGAUGGACGCGUUGAAAUUCAGCUGCUGGAUCAAACUUGGAGAGUCAACUCCAUCAUUGGCUUCACUGUCAGUAUUCUGCGAUGGUUCUGUGUGACUGUCGGAAGGUGGACUGACGCUUAAGUUUCCGAAGACAUAUCUGAGAGUCAGAGCCAAACAACCACAGUGUUCCUGGUUAAUCCAUCUUCUGUGUUUAAGUUAAUCAACACUUGUACUAACUGAAAAAAAAAAUGCUCUAACCAUAGUUUAUCUAAAACGAGCUAUAUUAGCAUAAAGCCAUUCAAGCAAACGGUUUGAUGAAUUAUGAUAUCAUGAAUAUCAUAGUAAAUGAAUGAAACAGGCUUUUUUCAGUUUAGAUGUUUGCAGCAGAGUCAUGAAUAUUACCGUGUCCGUCUAGAACCUGUCUCGGUCGGUGAUCAAGUCGUUUUUCUGGGAAGCUCAAAGCAAAGUUGCAAAACAAAAAAAAGUCUGUCUUCAGACGGUAGCAUGAUGCUACUGUAGCUCUGUGCUGUGCUCGACCUGCAACUCGUCUGCCAAAUGUGAAAGGCUGAACAUGGACGGAACCAUUUAUUUAACGACAUGAUUUCUCUUACUGCCGCACCGUGGCUCAUCUGUUCCGGACCUGCACCAGCUAUUCGUAAAAUCCAUUACUGGGUGUGUGUCCUGCCUAAGUAAAAUAUAGCCAGUAAUCGGGUUGCACCAUUAAAACUUAAUGAAUGUCUUAGCCCGUGAGAUACUUAGCAAUGGGUAAAUUGGUUUGCUAGAACUCGUAUCAAAAUUAAUGUAAAUGUAAAAUGGAAUUCAUUGAAGCAUCAACAGCUGUAACUUGGAAUCAAUUCCAAAAAUAAUGUAUAUUCAUAAGUCAAAUGAUAUUAAACUUCUUUUUAGAUGUAGGUAGGUUUCCUUUUUACAAAUGGCAGUAGAAGAAACAGCAAAAAUGGAGUACAUGUGUGUCAGAAUUAAUAUAUGAGAAAAAUAUUCUCUUCAAGCUGUAUCGCUCAUAUUUGGUUAAUUGAUUCUUACACUUAUGGCACAUUUUCUAAUUUUAAGUAUUUUGUGUUAUUGUUGUGGUAAUUAUACAUUUAUACAAGUGUACUUCAGAGCAACAACCACAUAACGUUACCUCUUUCACUGUUCAGUCUAAACGGGUAAUUUAUUAGCAAGCAAAUGUUCGCUUUGUCAACAAGCUAAACGACCGUUAAAAUUUAUUGUAUUAGCAAGGAAACGAUAGCUUUCUCAAUGAGCAAACCACAGUUAACAUUUAAUAUAUUAGCAAGCAAAUGUUAGCUAUGAGAAUGAGCUGAACAACAGUUAACAUUAAUAUAUUAGCAAACAACAUUAUCUAUGUCAUUGAGCUAAACAACAGUUAAUAUAUAAAAUAUUAGCAAACAAAUGAUAGCUAUGUCAGUAUGCAACAGAUAAAUGUAACAAACUAGCAUGAAAUCCUUAGCUUUGUCAUUUGGCUAUGCAACAGUUAACUCAAGGUAUAUGAGCAAGCUAAUGUUAGCUUUAACAGUUUGCUGCGCCACAGUUAAUAUUUGAUAUAUUAUCAGAGUAACGCAAGCUAAACAACAGUUAAUAUGCUAACAGUGGCUAUGCAACAGGUAAACCCAGCGGUCACUUGGUGUUUGAUAUUGAAACAACAAGCUAAUCUCUAUAUAAGAACUAGUUUAUGUGGUGCAACUCAUUUCAGUGUCGCAAGGCUAAAGGUUGCACCUUGUAAACACUUCGGUUUGAAGUUUAAAGUUACGAACAGCUGGUGCCGUUUGAUCCUGCUCUCUUUUUAGAGACCUGAAGAGACAGAGUUGAGUAUUGAGCACUAACGGUGUGCCAGCAAAGUGCAGUGGAGGAAACUGCAGAGCCAGAGCUGUACAUUUCAAAACUGAAUUCAAUCUGCAGUCAGUUACUGUAGACUCCGACAGCAAAAAAACAAAAACCUAAACGUGCGAUAGUCUUUUUUUGAUUAACAGAGAGCUAAAGAUCUGAGCAGUGUCACAUCUGUAAGAAAGGAGAAAAUCUGUGGUGUGUAUCCAUUUGUCAUAUUAGCCCAUUUGUCAUAUUAGCUAAAGUUACCAAUCAGAAAAAAAGACUUUGUUGUCUAAAGUGCUCUUAAUUUUGUCAGCCCAACAUUAGGGGCUUUAAUUGGAGUAUUUUUUCUUUUUUUUCUUCUUCUUAGGUUGUUGUUGCUUUUGUUUUUAUAUAUAUAAUUACUGCAUCUCUCCAAACAAAUGUCAUUCUGAUUUAAGUCGGCUUUGAUGAACUACCUCACGCUGAAUUUCUGCCAGUUCUUGCAUAUACUUAGUCGCCUGCAGAAUUAGCUAUCGAAGACGUGUGAAUAACAGAUUCCAUUAUUUAUUUAUUUGAAAGUGUACUAUUUGUUGGUUUCAACAGACUUCUAGUUUUGUACAUUAUGUAUACUUCACCUAGAAGUAAGAGAAUUGUUAUAUGUAUUUUUUUUUGUUCUUUUUUUUUGUUUUGUUUUGUUUUUAAACUAAAUGUGCAAUACCUUCAGCAAACUGUGCUAGUAGUAUGUGAUGGGCCUAGCCUUUUGUUAGCUGUCUCCUGAAGGUAAAGAAAAUGUUUGGUACUGUCAAUCCAUGUUUUCCUUUUUUAUGAAUAAGAUCAAUUUUUAUUUCUGUGACUUGUUUAUAGUCAUGAUGUUACGUAAUCAAGACUUACCCCCCCCGCCAAACAAAUCUGUCGGCCGGGGGUUCGACGCUGAGACGGGAAGCUCUCGCGGGUCGGGACGUGGCCGACAGAUUUUCUGAUUUGGGGACGCGGUAAGGACUGUAAUGUUAAUAAACACAAAAAAAAGAUGAGUAAAUACCUACAAGAAAUCAUUAUAUGUAUGGUGCUGGUUUGUAAUGUUUGCUAGUGAAUCCAGCCAUGCAAGUAGUUUUAAGAAAUUCCUGGAUCUGCGCGUCCCAAAAAACCGCAACCAACGAAGAAGUGCACUACUAGAAUACAUGCACUGGGAUCUGAUGAUGCCACAUCUUAAAAAAAAAAAAAAAAGAAAAAAAUUAAAAAACACAUACUGCAAAUAAAAGAAAAACACUUUGA